GAGAGAGAGAGAGAGGGAGAGAGAGAAAAGAGAUACGAGUCGACCCGCGCCUGGAAACUACACUCUUGUCGAACUAAGUGGGGGCAGUUCGGGCAAGUUUAGUACGAAUAUCGAUUCAGUCUCGCGCAAACCACCCCCGUGUGUGCCGAUGCUUCAGCUCCACCUUUUGGGGGAGUUUUUUUCCACCUCGCUUACGUCCGACGACGCUCGACAUUAUAAACAUAGAUUCGGUGAAAGAAGGAGGGAGAGGUGAGAACGAGUUAACGAAAGAAAUAACACAAAGGAAAAAGCUUUAGCACGACUAGAACUCUACGUUUGAACGUUGAAACAAACAACACCUGCGUAUCGAAUAGUCAACGGGAAUAUAGAAAAAUAAUAUAAAAGGGAAAUAUACAUAUACAGUAUAUUAUCUCGGUUGGAACCCCUUCUAAAAAGUAUACACACGCAGUUAGUUCUUCUCUAGGAUCGGCAAGCAUUGGUCCAUGAAAUGAGACUAGUGUGUAAGCUCUAAGGGUGGUGGUAGAGGUGGGUGGUGAGGUGAGGUGUGCUGAUGGUGGGGGGAGUUGUUUGGGAAGGUUGGAGAGGAUGAUAGUGGUAGGAUCUGAAACUAGGGUUGAAGACACCGAAGGAAGCUUUUAUGUCUCCCGUUAAAGGGAAGCCUUAGAACUUAGGAAGAGGACACAACACGGCGGAGGUGACUCCGACUUACCGCCGAUCGAACAUGUCGCGAUUUCACGAGGGACGGACGAAAUCGUGUUUCUACUCUUGACUACUUGUCUUUAUCGAGAAUAUUAUCUACCUAAAGGAUUAACGAAAAAGGUGUUUGGUGAUUCGAUCAUCGAUAGACAUGUCUUCGAUAUCAGCUCAAGGUGUCGUCGAGAGAGCCAGCGCUGAAUUGACCAAGAGGAUCAACGGUUUGGGAUUGAGGACCUCGAAGCAUCAUGGUGGAGGGAGGACAAGCGUCAUGGAACGUGUUACGAAUGUAUUUUGCGGUGGCGGUGGGGUGGCAUAUACGAAUUUGCAAAGCGCGAACAACGUGAACGCGAUCCCGGAGAAACCGAGUAGGAGCGUCCCGACGUCGAUGAAUAACAUGUCAACAGGAAACAAUAAGACAUUGAACAAUGGUACAGGUAGCAGACCUAGGAUAUCACGUAACAAAUCUAAAAACGUCAGUCUCGCGAGUGGUGGAACAGGAGGGUAUGUCGCACCUAACACGUGGGAACAGUUGUUGCAAGAUGAUCAUUUCCUUGGACGAUUCUUUCUUUAUUUCAAUGCCACUGAGAGAAGGAUAUUAGCUCAGGUAUGCACAAGAUGGCGAGACGUUCUAUACGCGAGACCAAGACUCUGGGCAGGUUUGAUACCAGUAGUCAGGUGCCGAGAAGCUCGAUCUAUGCCAUCCAGCUCGCGUACACGACUUUAUGCCUCCUUGGUAAGGCGAGGUUUCCAUUCGUUAGUUUUAUUGGGUGCCGCGGACGAAGAUAUACCAGAGUUAACACACGGAUUUCCUCUUGCGCAACGAUACGUACAUUCCUUGUCAUUACGAUGCUGUGCCGUCACCGACAGGGGUCUCGAAGCUCUCUUAGAUCAUAUGCAGGCUCUCUUCGAAUUGGAACUGGCUGGUUGUAAUGAAAUCACCGAAGCUGGACUUUGGGCUUGUCUAACACCUAGGAUAGUAUCCUUAUCCUUGUCCGAUUGUAUAAAUGUAGCAGACGAGGCCGUGGGUGCAGUAGCCCAAUUGUUACCAAGUCUUUACGAAUUUUCGCUCCAGGCUUAUCACGUAACCGAUGCCGCAUUAAGAUACUUCAGCGCAAAACAGAGUAGCGCCCUUAGCAUUCUCAGGCUCCAAUCAUGCUGGGAACUUACCAAUCAGGCAGUAAUAAAUAUUGUACAUUCCUUGCCAAAUUUGACCGUAUUGUCACUUUCUGGAUGUAGUAAAGUGACGGACGACGGUGUAGAAUUAAUAGCGGAAAAUUUGCUGAGACUUCGUUCCUUAGAUUUGAGCUGGUGUUCGCGAAUUACAGAUGCAGCCUUAGAAUAUAUCGCCUGUGAUUUGAAUCACUUAGAGGAACUUACAUUAGACAGAUGCGUCCACAUAACGGAUAUUGGCGUAGGUUAUAUUUCAACAAUGGGAUCCCUAAGUGCUGUGUUCUUGAGAUGGUGUUCACAAUUAAGAGACUACGGACUUCAGCACUUAUGCAAUAUGAGAUCCUUACAAGUGCUUUCCGUCGCUGGUUGUCCAUUACUCACUAGUAGUGGCUUAUCUGGUCUGAUACAGCUUCGUCACUUACACGAAUUGGAGCUAACCAACUGUCCAGGAACGUCGCGUGAGCUCUUUGAUUAUUUACGAGAACACUUACCACGUUGCCUAAUCAUUGAAUAAGAGGAACCGAGUGUGCUAACUGCGGUAUUUGCUAUACACAACCUCUUUGAUUUCGAACGUAUGUAUGUAUGUAGUAGCGUAUGAUGUUGCUCGAGGGUAAAAAGGUGCGAAUUUAAAACGACAGAAAGACUUGUAUUAUUUGUAUACAGAAAAAAAUAUGUGCAAAGCAAUACAUAGAGAGAAAGAAAGAGAGAGAGAGAGAGAUGAACAAAAUUAAUGACAAUGAUACAUACGAGCAAAAAGUAAGUAUAUAUAUAUAUAUAUAUAUCACGCAAGCGAAAUGCAGAUGACGUCCAUAUUCUGAGAGCAUACUAAAAUAUGUUUUUCUCCUAACGGGCAAGAAAAAAAAAAAGAAGAAAAAAAAAGAAAAUAAAAGAAAAAAGAUCACACGCGAUAUAAUAAAUUACAUUAAGUAGUAUUUAGGCCUUUUUAAUACACCGAUGCCAGCAUUUAACUGCACUUGUCAUUCGUCGCGUUAUGUUUUAAACUGAUUAUAGUUUUAUUAUCUUCUUGUCUGCGUAAUACGUAUAGAUACCAUAUAAUAAUACAUUAUUCUCUUUAUAAUUGUUCUUGAAAGCGUAUUUUAUCGAAUACCAUAAAUACUAUCCCGUUUGUUCGAUAAAAACAAAAUUAUCUGACAAUGAGGAAAAAAAUUCACCGAUUCUUUUGCUUUUCUGUAUGUUAUUUCAGUAGAAACAAAAAAAAAAAAAAGAUGAAAAAGAAAGAAAACAAAAAAAAAAAAA